AUGGAGCAAUUUGAAGAGUAUGACAAGGGUAAGCUAUUAAGAGACAGAUACAUCAAGGUAAGUGAUAUUAGUGAAGGCUCCUAUGGAUUGGUGUCUGUUGCCAAGGAUGUCAAAAGAAGUGAUUUGUUAGUAGCUGUCAAGUUUAUAUAUCCUGUUGACUAUAAGAAAGGAUACUUCAAGGACCAAACCAAAUCAAGGCCAUCUUCUAGUCCAGCCCGUUUAAAGUCACCUAAACCUGGAUCUCCAAACAAGCACGACAAAAACACCAUAUUCAACAGUUUACUCAAUGAAGCUCAAAAGGAAAUCAAGAUUCAUAAAAUAUUGGGUGAACACCCCAACAUUUCACAAUUGUAUGGUCAUUUCGAUUCAUGCCUAGUGUUGGAGUUCUGUUCAAGAGGGGAUCUCUAUGAAGCUAUACACAAUGGAAAUGGUCCAGUUACCACACAGGAUAUCAAAGAUGUAUUCCAACAAAUUCUCAAUGCUGUGGGAUAUUGUCAUUCCAAAGGCGUCUACCAUCGUGAUUUGAAGCCAGAAAAUAUCUUGAUUGCUGAAGAUUGGAGUAUCAAAUUGUGUGAUUGGGGAUUGGCUACCACCACAAAAAUCGUUAGCAAUAAGGAUGAGUUCGAUGUAGGUUCUGAAAGAUAUAUGGCCCCAGAAUUGUUUGAUAACGAAGUUGAGUCUUAUGAUGCAUCCAUGAUUGAUAUAUGGUCGGUUGGAGUUAUCUUGUUAACGUUAGUGUUUCACAAGAACCCUUUCCAAGUGGCUAAUUACUCAGACAAGCGGUUCCUACAAUUUGCCAGCAACAGAGAAGCAUUGUUUGAUAUAUUUUCAACAAUGAGUGGAGAUUUGUUUUCGGUUUUACGGUUUUGUUUAACCAUUGAUCCUACUAAUCGUGACUUGGAUAGUGUAUCUAAAGAGUUGGAUGCAUUGAGAUUUUUCACUAUUGAUGACGAGUUUGAGUACGAAUACGACUAUAACGAAGGUGACGAUGAACAGGACGAAGGAGAGGAUGUAGAAGAGCAUGGAUCGGAGGAAGCUGAUCUUGACGAUGAAUAUUUGUCUUAUCGCAACGAAGAUGGAGAUAAGUCGCAGUCACAUCUGGGAGUUACAGAAUCAAAAGCCAACGAGUUUAACGAUGGUGCGACUUCUGCGGAAAGGUCUAAGCAUAUUGCUUCACCCCUUUCCAGAUAUGAGAUCCCUCACAAUCAUAGAGCAGAUGCGCUAUUGUCUACCAACACCAAGGCCAAACCCAUCCCCAUUAAUACCCACGAUUUCAAGUUUAUUAGAAAUACUAGAAAGCCCUUAACAGUUGCGUCAUUUAAUCAGAAUGCACAGAUGAACAGAGGUGUUAAUAGCAGACUUGGGAACUUCAACAGAGAAGACUACUUUACUCCGAAAUCAGUUUUCAAGCACUAUAUGGACAAAUAUGGGGAUAAGAAAAAAGGUAACAGCUAUCAACAUCCAAAUUUCAACACAAAUAAGAAUAGUAAUGUCAAUGGAAAUGUUGUUGGGCAACAAAGGCCACCUCAAUUGAGAAGGAAGAGAACUUGGAAAACGAACCAAAGGUAUCGACCCUCAGCUCAAACUGCCCACUUGACGAAUAGCAGCCGCGCCAAUGGAAAACAAAAUGCACCUGCACGUGAGGAAUUUCCUCGUUCAUUUGAUAAACUUGGCGGCAAGCGCUUGUCUGCCAAUUUGAGCUCGGCGUUUAACACAAUGUCCCAUCCAAGUGCUUCAAAUGUGAAUACUGGCUCCAGUGCUCCAAGUGGUUCAUUGGCGUCGCAUCUAUCCAAUUCAGGAAAGUAUAUUCCACCAUUUCUCCGCUCGCCCAAUCGCCAACCCCAAAAGUCGCCUCUUGUGGAGCCAUUAGCAGAAGAAAUUGACGAUUUGAUUCUAGGUCAAGAUGAUGAAGUGUUUCAUUUGGAAGAUGACUUUGCUAUUGAAGGAAAAGAGAAUGUAAUUCCCGAAGAAAGUGAUUUCAAACAUGGAAGUACAAGUGAGGGCGAUCGUUCAGAAUUUUCAAACUUCAAUGUCAAGAAUGGGUAUUUGAAUGGAACGGCUCACAUCAAUGGAAACGGGCAACAUUUUCACAACGGUAAGCUCGACCCCAAGGGACUCAAGCCAUCUCCUCCUAGGUCAUUCAAUGAGGGAAGUAGCUUAGAACAUGCUAAUGGUGGAAAGUACAUUCCACCUUUCAGACGUGGCUCUGUAUCCCGCCAUAACCCAACUGGGACAUCGGUUGCUACUGGUGAACACAAUACCGGAAACAUUUGCAUUGCUAAUGGAGCAAAGAAAUCGAUCCAUUACAAGAACCGCAAUUCGAUGGAUGGUUUUGCUAGCGAUGGAGCCACUGGUGGCAGAAGCUACAACAGUAUGUCGAGUGGUGGUGGUGGUGGUGGGAGUAACACAGGCAGUGUUCCGAAGAGUGUAAAUGGGUUUAUGAACUCUAGUGCCACCGUGAGCUCCCACCCGAUUCAUAGCUAUAUGAGUGAUUCGUUCAAGGUGAAUAAUCGUUCCUCUAAUGGCUCAUCCGAUGUCAAGACCCGUACUGCUACAACCACCAAAUCCAGUAAAGGUGUCAGUAGUAGUCGAAGCGACAAGAGUAGUGGAUAUGACAGCAAAAGCGGAGAAGAGUUUGGAAGAAGAGGAAGUGGUGGAAAUGGUGACAAUAGGAAUGGAACCAUGGAAGUUGGUAGUUUUAAUGAGUUGUGGUUUGGGAGCCAAAAAAAGAAUUGGAGUGAUUAUGACGACUGA